AUGGCGUCUCUUGUUGGAUUGCUCCACCGAAAUUGGCAACUCGCAAACCCUCCAAUAGUCAGGAAGAAUGACAAUCCGCUCAGAUUUGGAAUCCUAGGGGCUGCCGACAUUGCUCCGUUGGCCAUCAUUAUCCCGGCGAAAACGCACCCCGACGUGAUCAUUCAGGCUGUGGCUGCGCGAGAUCGCGAGAGGGCGACGGCGUAUGCCAAGAAAUAUGGCAUCCCUGAGGUAAAGACAUCUUACCAAGACAUCCUUGACGACCCAAACAUUGACUGCGUAUAUAUACCACUCCCUUGUGGUCUUCAUUACGAGUGGUCAUUGAAGGCCUUAAAGGCGGGCAAGCAUGUGCUUGUCGAAAAGCCAUGCUUCAACAACACGACAGAAUGCGAAUCCAUCUAUCAUCAUGAUGCCAUCUCACCCAGUCAAGGGCCCGCUGCGCCAGUGCUGUUGGAGGCUGUUCACUAUCUUUUUCACCCAGCCUGGACUAAGUUCAUGGACUUCGUCUCACCGCAGGAUGUGGUUAAAGCGGAAGCAUAUCUCGGGGCGCCAAGGGGAAUGUUCAAGAAUGAUAACAUUCGUUUCCGGUAUGAGUUGGCCGGCGGAGCUCUGAUGGAUUUGGGGUGUUAUACCUCGAGUGCGCUCGUUCGGAUUUUUGGCGGUUUAGCCGAGUCCUGUGAGGAGGCCAUUGUCGAUCGAAGCCCAUAUGAUUCGCGGUGCGAUCGGGGCUUUCGCGUCAAGUAUCACUUUCCUGGAGAGGCAGUAGGUGAUAUGAACGGUGACUUACAGGCACCGCUGCUUGGGAAAUUCUGGCCGUCUGUUGAAGUGCAGCACCGACCCGUUCUUAUUCCUGCCGCAGACGCUGGAGUUGAUGUAUCAGAGGGACAUGAGGUGGCACGGACGCGUAGGGUGAAGUUUAUCAACUUCGUCGCGCCACAUCUGUAUCAUUUCAUUCAAGUGGACGACGAGUUUGCCAUCCGCAAGACUGGCGACGUCAAUAGUGUUGUCAGGUCAUGGAAGAAGACCAGAACGCUGAAGUUCUACAACUUCCGCGAAGGUGGAAUCGAUCAGGACGGCGAAGUAUAUUGGUCCACCUAUCGCUAUCAGUUGGAGCAGUUUGUGAACAAGACUCGCGGCCGCCAACCAAGCCAUUGGGUCAACGGUGAGGAGAGCACGGAUACACUUCGCAUGGUCGACAUGGCCUAUACGACCGCAAACCUGCCACUCAGACCGACCAGUGAAUAUAGAUAG